CUGAUUUCCUAGAAAAAUUUAAAACUGAGAAAACUAGGACUAGUGGCAUUUUUGAUGAAGUAAAUAGAAAUGACUGCAGUGAGGAUAGAUACUGACGCACGUUAUAGGUGGACGUAGAAGAAGCUCACCCAUACAAAUACGCAGCAGACGUGAGCGAGGACACUUAGUCUACAAAAGGAACAUGAAGGCAAGAGGACCGAUAGCGAGCACAUGAAAACGAGUGCCAUCGUCUCAAGUGGUUGCCGUUGACGUGCGCUGCCCGAGUAGUAGUUGACUCAACACGACGACCAGAAUACUACUCUGUCGCUUUUUUCAGCCUCUACAACAACUUUCGCGUAGUAGUCACGGAGGUCGCGAACGUUCGAUCGGAGCAUAGCAGCCACGGACUUGUCGGCGUCAAAGACUCUGGGACUCUCGUACACGGGGAGGAUUGUUUCAGCGCUGGCGUCGCUCGUUCUGCUGUAGCUGUCGACCUCGAGGAGAGCGUGUCUUCACUGCAUAGCGGAAGCAGCGACGAAUACGCUACUUGUAGACUCCACCGCGCACGACGGCGACCACCACAAGAACAGCCUGAACAACCUACCACAAUUAACGAACAACAGCUCAAGUCUCCCUAUAGUUGAUCAUAUUAUGAUGCUUUCUAGAUCAAGAUGAGCGCAUUGUCAACGCGACUUGGUUUCUCGCCAGCUCAAAGUUCGAACUUACCGAUGGAUCAAAAGGCCUGGGGUAGGCCUUCAGCCCCGAGUCUGCUGGGAGGGGUAUUAGGGAUGUUUCAACUACAUCCUCUUGAUAUUCUGAGGUCUUUCUGCAUGCUUAUUAUGUCAACAUAGUAGAGGGCCAUUUUUACGAACAACUUUUACUGUUGUACAACAAAAACAAUGAUAGAUAAGUAUUUACUAGAUGAGCCUCAUCAUCCUGGUUUUGCAUGAGCAAGAGCAGGAGCUAAAUCAUCGAAAACUUCAGCGCCAGCAACUUCUUGCUGAUUUUCAGCAAUAAUUGUCUCAGCGUCAGCAAUAGCAUUUUACAGGCACCAUUUGCGAAGAACGGCUAUCCAAUAUUAGCGAAUCCUGCAAGUGGCGCAGAGUGGAGAGACCAAGACGGGCCAAAUAAAAACGAAGCUAGAGUAUUAGCCCCAGGCCAGAGCGGUCAUCAACCAUCAGGUGCAGAAAAUUACGAUUGCAAGUAGUUUCUUAUGUACUUUUGAAUAGUUUCGCUUUUCUUUCUCCUUAAUGUUGACCUUGUCCGUGUCGCUUGAUGUCAUACGGUUCUACGUUCGCAAUCCGAAAUGAUUGGGAGAUAUCUACUUUCACGCCACUUCUAUCAAAAAUUAACUUGAAUCUUACUUGCAACAACUGUAGUAAGAAUGACCAUGCAAAUUAUUUAGAGUAACUGUCUAAUUAGCAUGCUACUCAACAUUACCAACAAUCAUCCCAGAAUCAUCGCAGCCAGUAGCGAGGCAGAUGUCAGUUCCAUAUCCAGACAUUGCGACGCCAAGGCUUUCGCUCCAAAGUGGAUUACAGCACGGAGCUUCUAUCCAUGGAACCAAGAGGCCCAGCGCGCCAAGUAGUACUUGACCACUUACCCUCCUGAUUUGCAAUGUAAUUUCUCCGAUCAUACUGCGCUUGAAGACAGUACGUCGGUGCCAAAAAAUGACUCUACAAGGUCAAGAAGUUAGGGCGUGGCAAAGUAUCUUUAGGCUAAGACAUCGACUCGGUUUGCAGAGGGCCGCUGGUUCUGUUUUAUCCGUCAUUUCCAUCUAUUAUCUAUACAACAUGUCAGUUGCGCACAUCGAGGAAAUAGAGUGGAAGGAUUUGGAGAUAACGCAAACAUUAGGGAAUGGCGAAUUUGGCCAGGUUUUUAGAGGGACUUGGAGAGGGAGGCUAAACGAGAAAGGAGAACCUAUGGACGUAGCAAUUAAAGCCUUGUAUCGUGACCCAAACAAAGCGGGGCACGACGUGCAAGCGAUAAACGAGCUAAAGAAGGAAAUAGACUCCUUCCGAGGGCUCAAGCAUAAGAGGCUAGUACUUUCUUCAACUGGUCGCCCUAUUUAUUUUUUAAUUUAUGUUUUGUUUUACACUUUGUCGCUGUCUCACUUAAACCUAAGCGUCGUGCUAGUAGUGACUUCUGAGACUGAGGACAUGCACAUCUGAGAAAGUGACUUUCAUCCUCAACACCGUCCUACAGAGUCAUCAAUCAAGAAUCCGCCAGGUCUGCUUUUUGGGAGCAUGUUUUGAGCAUCCGCAUCUCUGCUUCAUCACAGAAUACAUGCCAAACGGUAAAAAUUCAUCAUGUUAGAGUUACGAGCUUCAGAAGGUACUUAUAGAAAGAAUCAAGAACAUAAUAUAAGCACAUAGGUACGAGUUGCACAGCAUCGACUGAACAGUCUUCAACUAAACUAGUGCGACCAAUUUGAACCACGUAGAGGCACAUCAUUACAAAAGAAGAAAGUCAUGCAUUCGUAAAGCGUCUUAGACUCGUACUCUUCUAGUCCGUCGCAAAAAAUCACUCUCGACAACAGCUAUCCAGUGAAUUUCUCAGCGUCUCUCUACUCAGGUUCCCUCUACAAUUUUUUGCAUGUGCGCAAGGUGAAAUUGCCAACAAGGCACGCGAUGAAUAUGUCAAUGCAGCUUUGCGAGGGUGUUGAAUACCUUUAAGGCUUACCCUAAUCCAUUUUUGAGGCAUCCCGCAGAGGCUUCUGAAGGAAAAACAAGGGGCAGGAUACUUCCCAAGACGGAUCAGGCUUAGCUCUAACACCUGCACACGCAAGACCCUGUGGUAGUCCAUAGAGACCUUAAGUCUCUAAACGUGGUCCUCGAUAUGCAGUUCAACAUCAAGCUGUGCGACUUCGGGCUCACAGAGUACUACUCUCUUAUAAUUGUAGAACUAGGGAGGUUGCCGCUGCAAUUAAGAUUAAGAGGACUAGUAGCGCUACAAGGUCUGUAACCACAAGCACAAAGUGGAUAAAAAAUACUAUCGCAUAUCUCUGCUGGCUUUUGCCUGAACUGAAGCUCCUGAUGAACAAACAAGCGAGUACUUUUCCCGAAUAUCGUACUUCCACACGCCCCCCUUUCUACGUACUUCCACACUGUAUCUUCUCAAGGUAUAUCGACAAAAAUAACGCGCGAGGGAGGGGGCAUAAUGGAGGCAGCCCAAGAUAUAUGGCUCCAGAGCUUUUCGACAAGAAGAUGAAAAUCACAGAAAAGAUCGACGUCUGGGCGAUGGCGUGUAUUUUGACCUACAGGAGAUGACGCGUUGAGCUGCUUUUAGGGUUACGCUUCUCAUCGUUCUAGUAUGCUCCUGAGAUAUUGCGUUCGCCAUCUCUAUCAGUGACUACAGUUACAGUUUUACGCCUCGAUCUCAAACGAAUCAACAACGACCCAGCAAGGCACCCCCUUACGUCACCACUUAAAAACGACUGCCAAAGGUAUCUUCUGCGAAAUAUUUGGCGGCGCUAUUCCAUAUGAUGGCGUCAAAGAUAUGCCGACACUGACGCACAUAAUGACCGUGAAGAAGCAGAGCCCUUCAAUUCCAAGCCACAUCGAAAUUGAAGCGGUAUUUCACUCAGAUGAUGACGAAGCGACGCGGGUUUUUUGUGGAAGAGCGAAGUUCGCUGUCGUUCCAGUUUCCUUACAUCAAAGACAUCGAGCCCACUUGUGUGGAUUAUCAAACAAACUCGUCGGCUACUCUUCUCCUCUCCUCCUUGAUCUUCGUAUCUUUAUCCUAUCAACUCUAUCUAUAGGUAAAGCAGCUUAUCCGGGAGUGCUUUCUUUUUGACCAAGACGCACGGCCUUCGUCUUCCAACGUUUUUAAGAGGCUGCAGCGCAUCAAAAAAGAGGACCCUGUAGCCGGUGGCGGGAAAAAAAAGAAAGGUCACAGCUAGCUUGUUGAAGAGUGGCGCUCAGAAGAGAGUGCUCCUCUUCAGAGGAAAGCACUCCUCUAGAGCUUGUCGACAAGAAGCCGGGUGAGAUCAAGUAGACUACAUGCUCAGGAGACAGAUGAUAGGGCGAAGAGUGCUCACAAGACAGUACGACCACUAGAAGCAUCUUCGUCUGGAAGUAAGAAGCACGCUCAAAAACUAGUAUAGGCAUUUUUAGUAACGUCGUCAAGCUUUCAGAUUGGAGGUAGUUCGAUAGACUUAGACUUAGGCACUAAAGCUAUUUAUUAAUAUUCAUUCAAUACGCAGGCAAAGACGCUUGUAGCUGACGCAAUAUUUUCAGAGAUCAUUUCGACGCAUUUCUAACAGUUAGAUCCAUGGGUUAUGUAUCUGUUCACACGCACCCGCGCCGAAACAUUUCUCCGCGGGUAUUUUUCCUCUCUCUGUCUCAAGGCUAAUAUAAGUGUCAUGUAUACCACAAAACCGCUCGAGCGCACUGGCUUGCGGAUCAGUCGAGGAUAGGAACCAGCAAGAAUGUCUAUCGUGAGGGUGGUUUCUAGGCCAUCGCGAUUGAAAUUCAAAAAAACGAUACUAAAAAAAUUACAGUCCCGUCCGCCUGUUCAUGAUAUUUCACAAGAGCCCCGCAUUAGAAAAAUGUCAUCGGGAUCGGGAGAGCGAAGGAUUGCCGCGACCUCUCGAAAAGUGUAAGGGUUGUCUUAUUUUUACUACUAGAUAAAGAGAAUCGUAAAGACUAAAACUGCGCCAAGAGGGUUGCUCAUCUGGUUCGUUGCACUUCUUGUUUCCUGUGUUUCUGCAUAACGCGAAUAAACUUUGAGUACGUGGCUUUCCCUAAGAACGCUGAUGGGCAAAGGCCAGAACUAAUAUAAGGAGUUUGCUUUUUUGUAAACAUCACACACACACGCUCACUACUCAACUUCUGUGCAGGUCGUCAAACAAAUGCAGUAAGAAAGUACUCACUCGAAGAUCUGUGCUGGAGUCGAGCACGUCGAUGGCUCUGAAUCAACCACCUACAUAACUAGGACCGGACAAAGCUAAAAGUGUCACUUUCAUCAAAUUAAACAACUUCGUGCAUGGACAAAAUUUCCGUGCAGAGGUCUCCUGGGUGUCGGCUUGCUUCAGUCAGAUGCGGAUAGAUGAUGAACAACUGUAAUAAUAAUGCUCGCACUUCUAGGACAUAAAAACGCGGCUAGCAAAAUCACUACAUAAGCAUACGAAGUCGUUGGGUCGGGGGUUGAAGCAGUGACGUUUUCAAAAUGUGCAUGAUAAUUUGAAGAAGUACCACAAUGAAUACGCAGAGAGGAGCCACCUCCCCUCGGUGAGCAAUGUAGUUUAGUUCCAAAUGUGGCCACUUAUUACAGUUAGACCGAAGAUAUUGAUUAUUUAAGUGUCUAUCAUGGUAGAAAGAAGACUUGGCUGCCCUAGUAGUUGUAGAAGAUCCAUCCGGACGACUGUUGUGUGGGUGCAGCAUAGCACUCUCGAGACAUGGCCAAAGCAAGUCCGAAAAUGGCAACGAGGUGCAGGCGGUCAGUGCCACUCUCAGCUUAGGCUGGCAACAGCUCCGCUCAGAAACCACUGCCGCUAGUUCUCCUCUAAGAAGUUGCAAGUACCAACCUAGCGAUGGAGAACUUUAGCACUAGUGCUGACAACUAGUACUAUAUCGCGCGCAGCUACUUCUCUAACUCUACCCUGUCGGUCUACCUCCAAGCGAUUCAGUCUAGUACUCAUCUUCUCACUAUUAACAUUCAUUAUUCAACAUCCUCGUUUUG